AUGGCUUCAGAGGUGAAGGCUGAAAAGCUAGUGCAAACGUCGCUUAAUAAGAACACCCAACCAAAAGCGUUUGUGGCUUUGCUCAAGCAGCUAAAUGAAAAAGCGUCAAUUCCUGAUAACGAGUUGGCAAGUGCCCUUCUAUCUUUACUGAAGGACAGAUCGUUAUGGAAACUUCAACACAGAUAUGCUUUUGCAUUUGCAGCAGAGAGUGAUAUAAACACCCAGAAGCUCAUGGGUGGAUUGCACGGUCUUUCCAUUGAAGCCCAGCGAGAAUUUAUCUUGUUUUUGAAGAGCCACUACAAGUCCUUCCCCGAGACCGUGCUUCUGAGUUUUGUCAAUAAAGCUUUGCCCGAUUACACUGUCCAAUACCAAAGUCUAUUACAAUCCGAUGCAAACGAAGAGGUGAGAAAUGCUUGGUACCAUUUGCUUUUCUUGUGGGGAAGCAUCAUUGAUAAUGUCGGUUCGGUCAUUCUGAAAGAGCAAUUCCGUGGCUUGGCCUUGGACAUUAUGAGCCAGCUACAGAGCUUGGGUGGCACUAGCCAGCUAGCGUACUUCUCGAAAAAAGCGAACAGCUUGUUGAAUACAGCAGAUUUACACAAGGAGCUUCAGGCAGUCAGAGCGGUGAAAAGAGAAAAAGUCACAGCCACGCCAGUAAGAAAGGCAUUCGCUUUGAACCAACAUUCCAAAAAAGUCAUCAAAAUAAACAGGCUCAAGAGGCUAUUGUGGCUCAAUGAGCGCUUCAAGCAGUGGAAGAUCGAGAAGCUCAUGGAGCACUAUAUUACCUUUUUCCAUAUCGACACAUCCAAAUUCGAUGAAUUCGUCAAGGAUGUGGUGCAAAUUCUAUUUAAUGGUAUCUCAAUUGCCAUCCAGCAGCAGGAAAGCCCAUAUGUUCUUUUCAAUUGGAAAAACUACAUCGUGAGUCGAUUCCCCGUCUACCUCAAGGAAUCCAGACCUAAAAACGACGGGUCCUCUAAUCUCGAAAGCGUUAUUCUCAAAACAGUUGCUGGAUUCAAUGAUGCAUACAUCACCGAGAUGAUCGUCGGUGGAAGGUCCUCCCAUCCAUACGACUUACGUAAAGUCUUCUUGCGAAGCUGCAUGUACCAGGACCUUGUUACAGUAUCUUCAUACACAAAAACAUUUCCGGAAGACUCUGAGUCCGUGACUUGGUCUCAUAUCACCCACGAGAAGAGUGUUCUCAGCCACACAGACCAUCUCAAGUCUGAGUUCAAUUCGAAGCUUCUCAAUAUCAAUACUGAAUUCACUUCUUUGAGCGAAAGUUUGUUCAUAAACUUUUUGGAGGAAUUGACGUCAACAGACAUUCAGUAUCUGAUAGCGAAGCAAGAACAAUUACGCUCCCUUGUCUCCAGCUCAUUCGAAAAGCUCAUAAAGGAAAAAUCCAACGAGAAACUUGUGCGACUCGUGUUGGGACUUCUGAUAUGUUUACCAGUUACCAACUAUGUAUACUUCGUGGAUCCUCAAGGUCCUUGGGGAAUCAUCGAUCCCCUCAUUGCCUACAUCGAUAAUGACAGCUUCGGCGCAGACGCUGAUGACAACAACUUCCAAGAGACAUUUUCCUACUUUGGUAUUCUCAUGACGGGCUCAAUAGCCAUGACCAAAUUUUUCGGCGUCGACUUCGUUUCAGUAUCAUUGGGAAAUUCGUACACUAUCGACUUCAUGAACCGUUUUUACUACAGACUGUGCGCUAACUUCACGAACAGAGUGGAACCAGAGAAGCCCACUGAUGUCAACACUGCGAAUAAGUACAAUGAGAUUUUGAGUGAGUGGGCAAAUGCAUUGUUUGAUGUGAAUAAUGAUGGCUUAUCGGAUGAUCUUAUUAAGUCAGUCAACGUCAAGCAGAUUUACAAAUUAGUGUUUGUUAUAUUUCAAGGCGCUAUCACAGCCAAUAUUGCGGGCAGUUUGGCAUCACCUAAUCUUAGCAAUGGUAUUGACUACUUAUCACAAGACUUUUUGGCGCCUAGCUCUGCCGAGAUCAUACACUGGAUUGUAUCAAACGUGGGUCCAUUGCAAAGGAACAGUGACAUUUUUCUUCAGAUUCUAUGGAAGAUUAUUCAGAGUAAUUUGGGGGAGAACAAGGAGGAAAGUUCUGAGACGAACUACAUUUUCCAACUCGUUUUGAAUCUCGUGGGCAAAGAGCUUCUUGAGUCGCUUUAUGCUUUCAGAAACUGGGAAAACAAGGAGAUAAUGCUCAAGGUGGUGCGUGUUGUGAAGAAAAAGGUCGACGAGGAAUAUAAUAGAGUCGACCGUCCUCUUCAACUGCAGAAGCACAAAGAGGGAAAUUCUUUGGUGUCCACAAUCAGACAAGCUUUGCAGACGUUUCUUUCCCUGGAGGAUGAAGUAUCCGAACAUAACAUAUGGAGAGCAUUCCGUACAAUGUGGAAAGUUACGGAAAGCGACGAGAUCCUCGAGCUUUUGCUUAGCGAGAUCAAGUUGAGUCACAGCAACAAGUCAGCUCAUGGAUCAAGCGCCGAAGAGGGCAGAAUCUUGAUUGACUUUUUGGCCUUUCUUGUUGUAUUGACAAGCCAGAACUCGGCGGAGAUGAGUGAUUCAGAGUUGAAAUCAAGGUUUAAUGAGGUGAAGCCUCGAGGCAUCGGUCCAAUGCUGUUCGGCAACAAGUUCUCAUUGGGUAUGGAAAACCAUCAUUCCAGUAUACUCGGUGGUACUGUUUCGCAAGAGGAAGAGAACAAAGCUACUGAGGCUGUUGAUUCAAAACCUCCGAAAGAUGACUUGAUGAUGGACUUCGAAAUGGAUGAUCUUUUUAAUGACAAGGCUGAUGACCUUUUCGGUGACACUGGUGAUGUAGCGAUCUCAAGGCCUGCCUCGCCUCCUAUGAAGAUUGGCUCCCUAUACAAUGAUGUUGUUUCAGGCACCUCGGUAUUGAGAAGAAUGCUCAAUCAGCUUCUGCAGACCGAAACCGAGCAUCAUGAUUCUGAAGUUCUUAAGAUUGUGCUUCUGCAACAGCUCGAGCAGUUUCUUUUGGUGAAGCGUGUCUCAGCAUAG